AUGGCACUCAGCUCGACGGUUGCCUGCCUACUCGCAGGUCUUUUUCUGCUCAGUGUGGUGGGGGCGGAUGUGGGCGUGGCCAGGCAGCGUCUGCGCCUCCAGCAGCAAAGGGCGGCCUCUUACCCGGCUGCCGGGUUCAAGCCAGCAAGAGGGUUUGGCUUGCCAGCGGCCCAGCCGAAACCCGCUCGCCUGGUGGCCAACAGCGAGGCCCAGGAGGAUCUCGACGACGCCGCCGAGGAGGUGGAUGUGGCACACCCCAGGCCGGCUGCCGUGCCACGCCCAAUUCCGGCCGCUCCAGUGCCGGCGGUACCAGUGACUCCCACUAUCGCCUACUAUCCGGCUGGAGCCGUGGGAUUUGUACGGCCAACAGCCUUUGCCAGAUUCAUUGCUCCUCCGCAGCAGGCGGCCGCCUUUGCAGCCCCGCCCCCGUACUACCCCGCCUACUUUGGCUAGAUUUGCACCUGCAUCUCAAGUACAUCCCAGUUACUCUGCUUAGAUUCUUAACCUUUGGCUCUUCCAACUAAUUAAUAUCCAAAUCUUAUUAAAAAAAACCAAAAUAUAGCUAAAAUUGUACAAAAAUUA